AUGAAGUGGACCGACGCAAGCAGCUUUCUCUGCCUGGCUCACCUGGCUGGCGCAUGUCUCCUCCCCGAGGAGCGCGCCGGAGGUUCCAUCCGUCGGCACAAUACACGCCAGAUCAGAAACUCGGGUAAAGCAAUCGGGACAGGUGACCGCUUCAAUGGCGGCGCGCUCUUCCCUAUUGGGCUGGGUAGUGGUAAUGAAACGGAUAUGAGCACCAUUCUCAAUGUCAAAGAGGUCAACUCGGCUCUCCAGGGUCUCGCGAAAGAGUACGGCUUCGAGACCUUCACGACCCCUUAUACCACCUACGAGGGUGCGACCAUGUCGGGUGGCACGGUCGGAGGCCAAGGGACCUGCGAUGAGACGUACCGCGUGUUUCUGAACGGCGCUAUCCACGCCCGCGAGCGCGGAUCGUCGGACAAUGUGCUGUACUUCAUCGCGGAUCUCCUGUACGCCGAGAAGCACGGAACGGGUCUGACGUACGGCGACAAGACGUACACCAAUGCCGACGUGGUCACCGCGCUGAGCACGGGCAUCGUCUUUCUGCCGCUGAGCAAUCCCGAUGGCGUCGCCUACGACCAGUCCACCAACAGCUGCUGGCGCAAGAACCGCAACCCCGCGGCCGCGACGAACGGGGACGACGACACGGUCGGCGUGGACCUGAACCGCAACUUCGACUUCGUGUGGGACCUUUCCAAGUGGGCGACCAGUGUCGCGGAUGAAGUCGCGUCCGAAGACCCCUCGUCGGAGGUCUACCACGGAGAGGCGGCCUUCUCGGAGCCCGAGACGCAGAGUAUCAAGUGGGUGAUGGACACGUACAGCAAGGUACGAUGGUUCCUAGACCUGCACUCCUACGCUGGUGACAUCCUGUACUCCUGGGGCAGCGACACCGACCAGAGCACCAACACCGCCAAGAACUUCCUGAACUCGGCCUACGACAGCGUCCGUGGGAAGACCUCGGACUCGACGACGACGGGCUACGGCGAGUACAUCUCCAGCGCAGACCUGGACAACGUUAGCAGCGUCGGCAAGAGGAUGGGCACUGCGAUGGAUGCGGCAACCGGCCGUAGCUACACGGUGAUGCAGUCGGCUUACCUGUAUCCCACGUCCGGGGCCAGUGAUGACUACGCCUUCUCGCGCCACUUCGCAGACCCGGAUCUGAACCUGGCCUACGGCUAUACCGUCGAGUUUGGAUUUGGCAAUAAUAAGGCAUCUUGCCCAUUCUACCCUACGGACGCUCAAUAUAUCCAGAAUCUGCAGGAGACAAAUGCCGGAUUCAUGGAGUUUCUUCUCGGCGCUGCUGAGGUUGGUCUUGGCGACUCCCAGGCCUGUUGA